AUGUGUUGUAAUGGCAAGGAGAAUGAUAAUGAAGAAAAUGAAAACCGUGCAGCACAGUGGCAAAAUUAUAUGGAGACGAAAAAGGCCAAACUUCAAUAUCAAGUAAAUGUAUUGAACAAGCAUAAGUGCAUUUCCUCAAUUUUUGAAGGCAUUUCAAUUUUUGUUAAUGGUUAUACAGAUCCACCAGCAGCGGAAUUGCGGGAAUUAAUACAUUUGCAUGGUGGCGAAUUUCAUAUUUACUACAAAUAUGGCACUACAACCUAUACAGUCGCUACACAUUUAGCUACUGGUAAAGCGAAGAAGCUCCGAAAGGAGGAGAAAAUCAUUCAUCCCAGAUGGCUUACCGAUAGUGUCAGAAUAGGAACUCGCUUAUGCGAAGACGAUUAUUUGUUGUAUAAAGAUGGAGUACAAACAUCUGUGGCAAAAAAAUUUGCGGCUGAGAAUUAUAGCGCCUUAAAAGGAGCACGAAGUGCUGCGAAUGAUCCAAACUUUGUGAGUAACUUUUAUGAAAGAUCUCGUCUACAUCUGAUUUCAACCUUGGCACAAGAAAUGAAGCAUUAUAUAAACGAGCUAAGAGAAAAUCAAACUGGUAAUUUUCCUUCGCGGGUAAACAUACAGCAUUUGAUUGAUAAAAAUUUUACUAGUUUUCCGAAAGAAACCAUUUGCCAUAUCGAUUUGGAUUGCUUUUUUGUGUCGGUAGCACUAAGAACUCAUCCGGAACUGAUUGGAAAACCGGUGGCCAUUACCCAUUCAAGAAGUACAGAAGGUGUUGGUAUGUCUGAAAUUGCAUCAUGCAGUUAUGAAGCUCGAGCACAAGGUGUCCGUAAUGGCUGUUUAAUUAAAGAUGCGCGGAAAACAUGUCCGGAUCUCAUUUGUCUUCCUUAUCAGUUCGAUGAUUAUCGACGCAUUUCAAAGGAAAUCUAUUCAAUUUUGUCAGGAUAUACGCUUAAUAUUCGUGCUAUAAGUUGCGAUGAGAUGUAUGUUGAUUUGGAAAGCUUGUGUAAUGAUAUGCAUAUAGCGAAUGUAAUGGAGAUUAUAUCUACAAUAAGGAGUGAAAUUUUGGCUAAAACAGGCUGUAAUGCUUCUGUAGGUAUUGGAAAUACAAUGUUAAUGGCUCGUAUAGCAACUCGGCAUGCGAAACCGAAUGGUCAAUUUAUAAUUAAAUUGGGCGAUAUCGAUGAAUUCAUCAAGAAAGAGAAAAUUUCAUCUUUACCUGGAAUUGGUUAUAAUAUUUGCGCAAAACUCCAAAAUGCGUUCGGUGAAAUGAGUUUAUGUGAGGACUUGCAAAAAGUACCUAUUAAUCGUUUGCGAAAUCUUCUUGGUGAAAAAAUCGGGACUCAGAUAUACAAUAUGUGUAGAGGAAUCGAUAAAGAAAGGAAUUUUUUGGAAAAGGUUAUCCGUAAAUCUGUUUCAUGUGAUAUAAAUUACGGAAUUCGAUUCACGGAAGAAAAUGAAGUGAUGGAAUUUCUUGGGAAAAUAUGUUCGGAGUUGGAAAAAAAACUUCAUAUUGCCCGGAUGACUGCAUCCACCAUUACCCUCAGAUUACUGAUUCGUGCACCAGAUGCACCUGUUGUAACAGAAAAAUAUUUGGGUUGCGGGAAAUGUGAUGCAAUUACAAGAACGGUUCAUGUGGAAGGCGCAACUGCAAACAAAGAAGUUUUGCAUGCAGAAGUUAAAAAGUUAAUGAAAGCAAUAAAUCCAAUUAUAUGCGACUUGAGAGGAGUGAGUGUUUUCUGA